GGCUCAGAGCUCACCCCAGGCCACACCGCAGGCAGGAUGUUUUAGGGACAUGCCUUCUGGACACCCGUAUCCUCGUCCCCAGAGACAGGAGCAAAUGCCUCCUGACCUCCUGACACUCUCUGUAAGCCUCUGCAGUGCUUGGAGGCUGGUGAGUCCGCGGUGAGCAGCCCCAUUUCAUAGAUGGGAAACAAGUCUACAGGAGCUCCCAGCCCAGGUGACAUGUGAGGCCAGAGCAGGGGGGUGGAGCCAGGUCUCCUGCCCACCCGCACCAGCUCCAUGCACCGCGCCCUUCCACACCUCUGGCUGGCCUCGGGAUGUCUCCUCCGUCCCCUUGCCCCUCGGCGUGCAUGUGCAGGGCUUGUGCGUGGAAAGAGCAGCUGUCCAGUUGUGGGGACUGGGAGCUUCUGCAGGGAGGGAGGGCCCCAGAUGGCUGUGGCCUCCAUGGCCCAUUCAGCUGGGUGACCGGGAUGGCAGCUACUUCCCAAGGGGCAGUUAGGUCCUUAUCUUUGAAGUGGGGGUCCUGGCAGCUCCUUCCUCAGUCUCCCUGAUCAGUACUGGGUUGAGUGGUGUAUUUAGAAGCCAAGCCCCUUCCCUUGCUUGGGCCCUUACACUUCAUCUCCCAGACUCACCACCUCCCCUCCCAUUGGGCUGUGGCUGCACCUUGGUGGCCCAGAUCAGAUGACAGGUAGCUCAGCUCUGAUCUCUUCCCUCUGUCUGGAUUUCUGCUCUGUUGUUUUCUGUGGUGAUGCUGCCAGUGGUGAUGAUGAUGGGGAUGAUGAUGGUGGUGAUGAUGGUGGUGAUGAUGAUGGGGGCAGAGGGUGCAGCAGGGGGGAUGAUGAUGAUGGUGAUGAUGGUGAUGGUGAUGGUGGUGGUGAUGAUGGUGAUGGUGGUGAUGGUGAUGGUGAUGGUCGUGAUGGUGAUGGGGUGAUAAUGGUGAUGGUGAUGGUGGUGAUGAUGGUGGCUGUGAUGGUGAUGAUGAUGAUGGUGAUGAUGGGGGCAGAGGGUGCAGCAGGGGGGAUGAUGAUGAUGGUGAUGAUGGUGAUGGUGAUGAUGGUGAUGGUGGUGGUGAUGGUGGUGGUGAUGGUGGUGAUGGUGGUGAUGAUGAUGAUGGUGGCGGUGAUGAUGGUGGUGAUGAUGAUGAUGGUGAUGAGGUGAUGGUAGUAACGGUGAUGGUCACAAUGAUGGUGAUGAUGGUGUUGAUGGUCAUGAUGACGGUGAUGGUGAUGAUGGUGGUGGUGAUGGUGGUGAUGGUGAUGGUGGUGGUGAUGAUGGUGGUGAUGGUAGUAACGGUGAUGGUCACAAUGAUGGUGAUGAUGGUGUUGAUGGUCAUGAUGACGGUGAUGGUGAUGAUGGUGAUGAUGAUGGUGAUGGUGAUGGUGGGGGAGGUCAUGAUGUUGGUGAUGGUGGUGAUGGUGGUGGUUGUGAUGGUGAUGAUGAUGAUGGUGAUGAUGGGGGCAGAGGGUGCAGCAGGGGGGGAUGAUGAUGGUGAUGAUGGUGAUGGUGAUGAUGAUGGUGAUGGUGAUGGUGGUGGUGAUGAUGGUGGUGGUGAUGGUGGUGAUGAUGAUGAUGGUGAUGGUGGUGAUGAUGGUGAUGAUGGUGGCGGUGAUGGUGGUGAUGGUGAUGAUGAUGGUGAUGGUGGUGAUGGUGAUGAUGGUGGCGGUGAUGAUGGUGGUGAUGAUGAUGAUGGUGGUGAUGAUGGUGGUGAUGGUAGUAAUGGUGAUGGUCACAAUGAUGGUGAUGAUGGUGUUGAUGGUCAUGAUGACGGUGAUGAUGGUGAUGGUGAUGGUGGUGAUGGUGGGGGAGGUCAUGAUGUUGGUGAUGGUGGUGAUGGUGGUGGUGAUGGUGAUGAUGGUGAUGGUGGUGGUGAUGGUAGUAACGGUGGUGGUCACAAUGAUGGUGAUGAUGGUGUUGAUGGUCAUGAUGAUGGUGAUGGUGGCAGUGGUAAUAAAGAUGGCAGCUAUAGGGAAAUGGCUAAGAGGAUAGACCUGGAACCGUGUGGCUUGGACUUCAGAUUUUUGCUUAUUGGGUGACCAUGGGCAAGUCACUUAAUCACUCUGGGCCUCCAUUUCCCUAACUGUGAAAUGGGGGUUGGAAGAGCACACCCCUCUUGGGGUCGGGUAGGCACUAGGUGAACCAUUCCGUGUAAGGGCUUAGCCGUGGGUUUGGCUGGUAAUUGACGCUCAGCCAGUUGCUACCCCUGUCCUGCUUGUCUCACUGCAAGGGGCCCAGAGGGAGGCCCUCUGCUCCAGGUCCCCCAGCUGGUGGUCGGGAGGUGGGACGUGAGCCCAGGCCUGGCAGGCCUGUGCCAUUACCACCGGGCAGCCUGGCCCUAGGUCUGAUCUGGAAAUAGGCAGGACAUGAUGAGCCUUGAGCGUGCCCGAAGCCUGGCCCCUGGCUCCCUUGCCUCGCCCUGUGGCAGCCUGAACGGAGCGGACAGAAAGCCAGAGCGCAGCAGAGCAGGAGGACUGGGCUCAGGCCUCCUGGGACGGACAGUCCCUGUGGGCUCAGGCCACCCAAAGGUGCAGGCUGGGACCUGCAGGGCUGGAAGAGGGCACCUCCAUUUCCAGGCCCCCAGCCCUCUCUGCUCCCCCGAGGAGGGGCCAUGCCCCCUUCCCCUGAAGGCAGACAGCAUCCCUGUGUACAAGGCUGAGGGUCAGGGUCCCUGGCAUCCCCGUCUCACGGGGGACGAAACCAGGGUGACUUGCCCACGGUGCCAUAGGCCAUCCGUGACCAAGCCAGGAUUGGAACGAGGUGCGUCUGCCUCCGAGCUGGCCCCGCACGGGCCUCGUGGUGGCUGCCAUGGGCCAGGGUGUAACCUGUGCUGGGGGUCCGUCC